CACUACCACAGCAUUGAGGUGUUCACCCACUAUGACCUGCUGACUCUGAAUGGGACCAGGAUAGCAGAGGGACACAAGGCCAGCUUUUGUCUGGAGGAUUCAUACUGCCCUGAAGGUAUUAACACCUGUUAUGUACAUGGGUAACACCUAAUGUCACAUGUUAUUAACAGUCAUACAAUCAAUCAAUCAAUCAAUCAAUUUUAUUUUAUAUAGCCCUUCUUACAUCAGCUAAUAUCUCGAAGUGCUGUACAGAAACCCAGCCUAAAACCCCAAACAGCUAGUAAUGCAGGUGUAGAAGCACGGUGGCUAGGAAAAACUCCCUAGAAAGGCAAAACCUAGGAAGAAACCUAGAGAGGAACCAGGCUAUGAGGGGUGGCCAGUCCUCUUCUGGCUGUGCCGGGUGGAGAUUAUAACAGAACCAUGCCAAGAUGUUCAAAAAUGUUCAUAAGUGACAAGCAUGGUCAAAUAAUAAUCAGGAAUAAAUCUCAGUUGGCUUUUCAUAGCCGAUCAUUAGAGUUUAAAACAGCAGGUCUGGGACAGGUAGGGGUUCCAUAACCGCAGGCAGAACAGUUUAAACUGGAAUAGCAGCAAGGCCAGGCGGACUGGGGACAGCAAGGAGUCACCACGGCCGGUAGUCCCGACGUAUGGUCCUAGGGCUCAGGUCUCUCAGUUGGCUUUUCAUAGCCGAUCAUUUAGAGUUGAAAACAGCAGGUCUGGGACAGGUAGGGGUUUCUGCCCUAAAGGUUAUAACACUUGUUAUUAACAUGGAUACAUACUGCCUUGAAGGUAAUAACACUUGUUAAUAACAUGGAUAAAUACUGCCCAGAUGGUAAUAACACCUGUUAUCAACAUGGAUAAAUACUGCCCAGAUGGUAAUAACACCUGUUAUUAACAUGGAUAAAUACUGCCCAGAUGGUAAUAACACCUGUUAUUAACAUGGAUAAAUACUGCCUAGAUGGUAAUAACACCUGUAUUAACAUGGAUAGCUCCUCAUGUCACAUGUUAUUAACAUUCAUAAUCAUUCAUAACAUGGCAAUGUCACCUGCUAUUAACAGUUAUAACAACCCUUUAUUUUAAACAACUUGGCUUCAUAGGCUGUUCAUCACCUAAAUUGUUCCUGGCCAAUUAUUUUUUUGUUUGUUUAGUAGCUGAAACUGGCUCCUAAAAGCAUCAAGCAGAAGAGUAAAGUCACCGUUCUUGUCUGUGUGUCAGGUCUGCAUAAGCGUUUCUCCUGCUACAACAUGGGCGACCAGGGCAUCUCAGUGGGCUGCUGGGAUACGUACCGCCACGACAUUGACUGUCAGUGGAUCGACAUCACCGACGUCAAGCCUGGAGACUACAUAUUCCAGGUACAUACACACGCACAGGCACACACAGCUGCGUUUAAUUUAGCUUGGAGUUUGCACUUUUGAGACGAUCCCAUUGGUCCCUUUGUACCACGCAAAACUAUUAAAGUAUGUUGAAGUAUUUAACGUGUAUGUGACCGAGGUCUGCAGACCACCCUCUGUGUUACCUACCAUGAGAGACAGCCAUGUUGUAUUACACAUACAGACACACACACACACACACACACACUCUCCAUCUCUAUCAUUACCCUGUCUCAUGUUAAUCAGCUGUGUCUUUGUGGGCGCCACCUCAGGACACAUCAAAGACUCCAACUCCCAUCAGCCACCACUUCUGUCUCAGACUACUAAUCCCAGCAUGCCGUCCCUGGGGGCAAUUAGGCUUUCAAUUCUUUUUAUGCCUCUGAGCCAUUGGAAAGCCAUGAGUUACAGUGAAACUUGCUGGAGUGAAACUUGCUAUCUGUUAAUGAGGGAUUAUGGUGAAACUAGCACACCUGUAAUUACUGGUAGUACUACCUAAUCACUCUCUGUUAAUGAUAGAGGGGUUAUGAUGAAACUAGCAUCCCCGUAAUUACUGGCAGUACUACCUAAUCACUCUGUUAAUGGGAGGGGGGUUAUGGUGAAACUAGCAUCCCCGUAAUUACUGGCAGUACUACCUAAUCACUCUCUGUUAAUUGUAGGGGGGUUAUGAUGAAACUAGCACCCCCCGUAAUUACUGGUAGUACUACCUAAUGACUCUCUGUCAAUGAGAGGGGGGUUAUGGUGAAACUCAUCACCUUAAUGACUGUGCUACCUAAGCCAUGGGAGUCGGUUGAGAGGUUACAGUGAAAACUGUUCCCUGAGUGUCUCAGCCUGUUUUAUUUAAUCACCCUGCAUGUCCCUGUGAUAGACGUACACACACUCUCACGGGGGGACACACACAAAUGUGUGUACUUUAGGCAUGUAGAGCAGGGCGUAAUUACAAGUGGUGGCCCUGCAACAGCUGUGAGGAGAAAAUGAGUUGACGAAGAGAGGAGAGAAGAAAAGAAGAGAGUAGGAGAAGAAGAGGACAGGAGUGAGUGAGAGGAGAAGAGGAGAACAGGAGGACAGGAGUUAGUGAGAUAUAGCAUGUAACUCUUAGAAAGAAGGGUUCCAAAAGUGUUCUUCAGCUGUCCCCAUAGGAUAACCCUUUUUGGUUCCAGCUACAACGUUUUUAGGUUCCAUGUAGAACCCUCUGUGAAAAGGGUUCUACAUGGAACCCAAAAGGGUUCUACCUGAAACCUAAAAGGGUUCUCCAAAGGGUUAUCCUAUGGGGACAGCCGAAUAACCCUUUUAGGUUCUAGAUGGCACCUUUUAUUCUGAGUGGUGUAACUGUUAUAAAGAAAAGUUGUCCAAUCUCCUGUUGACCAAUCUCCUGCUGUCCAAUCUCCUGCUGUCCAAUCUCCUGUUGACCAAUCUCCUGCUGUCCAAUCUCCUGCUGUCCAAUCUCCUGUUGACCAAUCUCCUGUUGUCCAAUCUCCUGUUGUCCAAUCUCCUGCUGUCCAAUCUCCUGCUGUCCAAUCUCCUGCUGUCCAAUCUCCUGUUGACCAAUCUCCUGCUGUCCAAUCUCCUGCUGUCCAAUCUCCUGCUGUCCAAUCUCCUGCUGUCCAAUCUCCUGCUGUCCAAUCUCUUGCUGUCCAAUCUCCUGCUGUCCAAUCUCCUGUUGUCCAAUCUCCUGCUGUCCAAUCUCCUGCUGUCCAAUCUCCUGUUGACCAAUCUCCUGUUGUCCAAUCUCCUGUUGACCAAUCUCCUGUUGACCAAUCUCCUGUUGACCAAUCUCCUGUUGACCAAUCUCCUGUUGACCAAUCUCCUGUUGACCAAUCUCCUGUUGUCCAAUCUCCUGUUGUCCAAUCUCCUGUUGUCCAAUCUCCUGUUGACCAAUCUCCUGUUGACUGUUCUCCUGUUGACUGUUCUCCUGUUGUCCAAUCUCCUGUUGUCCAAUCUCCUGUUGUCCAAUCUCCUGUUGUCCAAUCUCCUGUUGACCAAUCUCCUGUUGACCAAUCUCCUGUUGACCAAUCUCCUGUUGUCCAAUCUCCUGUUGACCAAUCUCCUGUUGACUGUUCUCCUGUUGUCCAAUCUCCUGUUGUCCAAUCUCCUGUUGUCCAAUCUCCUGUUGACCAAUCUCCUGUUGACCAAUCUCCUGUUGACCAAUCUCCUGUUGACCAAUCUCCUGUUGACCAGUCUCCUGUUGACCAAUCUCCUGUUGACCAGUCUCCUGUUGUCCAGUCUCCUGUUGACCAAUCUCCUGUUGACCAAUCUCCUGUUGACCAAUCUCCUGUUGACCAAUCUCCUGUUGACCAAUCUCCUGCUGUCCAAUCUCCUGCUGUCCAAUCUCCUGUUGACCAAUCACCUGUUGACCAAUUUCCUGUUGACCAAUCUCCUGCUGUCCAAUCUCCUGUUGACUGUUCUCCUGUUGACCAAUUUUCUGUUGACCAGUCUCCUGUUGUCCAGUCUCCUGUUGACCAAUCUCCUGUUGUCCAAUCUCCUGUUGACCAAUCUCCUGUUGUCCAAUCUCCUGUUGUCCAAUCUCCUGUUGACCAAUCUCCUGUUGACCAAUCUCUUGUUGACCAAUCUCUUGUUGUCCAAUCUCCUGUUGACCAAUCUCCUGUUGACCAAUCUCCUGUUGACCAAUCUCUUGUUGACCAAUCUCUUGUUGUCCAAUCUCCUGUUGACCAAUCUCUUGUUGACCAAUCUCCUGUUGUCCGAUCUCCAGUUGUUGAAACUCGUGGGCCUAUUCAGUGGGGUGCACUGUUCAGGGCUUUUAUUCACAAAGUGUCUCAGAGUAGGAAUUAUGACCUAGGACCAGUUAAAUAAGAUGGGGGCUCUGAUCCUAGAUCAGCACUCCUACUCUGAGACACUUAGUGAACGCAGGACCAGAACAUUGCAUAUCUACAUUUGAGAGACAUGGACGUUUAAUAAAGAUCAAGAAGCUCUGUCCUUGAACCACCCAGAGUUAUUUAAACGUUCCCCAAUUACCCAAAUUAACCCCCUAUCAUUAGACCCUCCUUAUUACAGCCCCCCCUAUAAAAAAACGGUUAAUUUCCACCCAUGGAAUUCCUUUGCUGUUUUUACAGGCCUUUUUAUCACUCCGUUACACAUUCCGAUGGCCCAAGCCAACCGACUACAGACGACAAAGUCCAACACUGUAAUUUCUACAGAGUUGCCAUCAUGGCUAGUUUUUGAGCAUUCACAAAGUUUUAAAAAUGUUUUUUUGUUUUUGGGGGGUUAAAGUUGUUUUCCUGAGUAGCUGUAUGCAGCCUGUAUUUAAAGUGGGUGUAGUACAUUUACAGAGCAGCUAUUAGGGAAAAUGGGUUCUCAGUAUUAUCACAGAGUGUGUGUGUGUCUUUGUGUGUGUGUGUUUGACUGCCUGCCUGUGUUUGCCUGCAUCCGCACGCAUGUGUUUGUGUGUGUGUGUGUGUGCGUGUGUGUGCAUGCGUGCGUGCGUGCGUGCGUGCGCUGUGUGCAUGCGUGCGUGCGUGCGUGCGCUGUGUGCUUCAGAAGAGAAUGGCUAUGUCAGCAGCUGUGAAAGUAGACUGUUAGACUGGUGAAUAACAGUCUAUUAGAACAUGGUAGAGCUCAGAAUAGCACCUAUUACAGACACUUAUACAGUCACGGUUAUGCUCUCUGUAACUACUGUACCUUCCUAACCGCACACUAAAUUACUCCGUUAAUUCAGCUGUAGUCUUCAACUUAAAGGUGUUCUUUAAGUUAAAAGAGCCAAUAGUAAUGUUCACCCAUAUGGUAAACUGCAUCGAGGAAGUGGGGAGCAAACCGGUUGAGGCUUCCUCCUAAAAGAUUCUUCAGUUAUAACUCAAAUGGUGUGAGACUCAGUUGGAAUGGCCAUCCUUUGGUCCUGUGACAAACCAUAACAUUACAUACUGUAACUUCUUCUUAGAAUGCACACUGUGUGGGUUGAGAAUGUCUUUGUUACUCAACAUUUAUACUAAACUUAUACAACCUUCCAUACAAUAGUCAUAAAAGUAUUUAUGAUUAGUUUGCCUUAGGCUAAUAUUACUGCUAAUGUUUUUCAGCAUGUCUUUCAUGUUUCUCACAAUGGGACAAACAAUGUUUUUGUUACGGUGUCUAAACAGUAUACUGUACAUCUGAUCAACUCUACCAACUGAAUGUUUUAUUAUUAUUAUUAUUUUAUUUUUUGGGGGGGGGGGAUGGAUCAGCGUAAUAUUGCAGAUAGAUUGUAACUUCUAUCAAUGUAAUUGUCUGCAUCACUUCCAAUCCCCCAUGUGUUUUAUAUAUAUACUCCCCUUUAUUACUUUUCAACCCCGCCAUCCUUUCCCUACUUGGAGUAAAUUAGUGAACAACAAUGCCCAGGCCUCUACUUACUAUCUACACCUUAUGGACACAGUCAAUUUUACAAUAAUUAUAUUUUAUUUGUUUUUGCUCCUGAACUUCUACUCUCAACCUCUCCGAUCAUUUUCAUGAUGUCCAUCCGGUUUGCUUCUAUAUGCCAUAUCUUUCUAACUGUGCUCUUUCCCAAAAGCUCCCAACAUACAACCUAUAUACUUAUUAUGGACACAGUAUGCUUACAUUAUUAGCUAUCUUUGUUAUUAUUUGUUGUUAUUUGUUAUUAGUCCCAUCCUUCAACUCUAUUCAAUACCUCCCAUCUAUCUCUUAACACCAUCCAUAUAGGAUUUCUAUUUGCCAUAUAUAUUUAUAAUAAUAAUAAUAAUAAUAAUAUGCCAUUUAGCAGACGCUUUUAUCCAAAGCGACUUACAGUCAUGCGUGCAUACAUUUUUGUGUAUGGGUGGUCCCGGGGAUCGAACCCACUACCUUGGCGUUACAAGCGCCGUGCUCUACCAGCUGAGCUACAGAGGACCAUUAUACCAAUGAAUGUUACUAAAUAGCAAAUGUGGAUCUCAUCCAUCCUUCCUUCCUUCCUUCCUUCCUUCCCUUUCCUGUCUCCGGUCGUGGCGGGGUGGAGGGAUUUCGGGAGUGGUGCGGGGGGGUGAGGGCGAGGAGGGAGUAGUGGCUUUGUAGGGAUGCUUUCUUCUUCUGUUCAUUCUCGGGUAUGCAUUCUUUCUUUUCUUUCUUUCUUUCUUUCUUUUCUUUCUUUUUCUUUCUUUCUUUCUUUCUUUCUUUCUUUCUUUCUUUCUUUCUUUCUUUCUUUCUUCUCAGUCUGGGGACGCUAACGUCUCGCUCUGUCUGGGGACGCUAACGUCUCUCUCAGUCUGGGGACGCUAACGUCUCUCUCAGUCUGGGGACGCUAACGUCUCUCUCAAUCUGGGGACGCUAACGUCUCUCUCAGUCUGGGGACGCUAACGUCUCUCUCAGUCUGGGGACGCUAACGUCUCUCUCAGUCUGGGGACGCUAACGUCUCUCUCAAUCUGGGGACGCUAACGUCUCUCUCAGUCUGGGGACGCUAACGUCUCUCUCAGUCUGGGGACGCUAGUGCACUCGGCACAUAUUAUUAUUACUCUAUUGUGCGUCCCAAAUGGUAUCCUAGCUAUAUAUGAGCCUUGGUCAAAAGUAGUGCACUACAAAGGGAAUAAGGUGCUAUUUGGGACACAGACUAUUACUCCUCUCUCUUCCUUUCUAUGGGUCUGCUACGGCAGGAAGACUUGAGGGGAAGAAUGAAAUGAAAUUAUAAACUCCCUCCCUCUGUUUUCUAAUAACGCAGUGUGGUGAGGAUGGAGUGAGUGGCUGCAAGUCAGGAGGUCACAGACAGCCAUCAUUGUCUUACAUUGUAAUAACUUUGUAAUUAUUAACAGAGCUACUCUGUGGCUCUGGCUCAUUGCAGGGCUCAAGUACAGUCAGCUACUGAUACGUGCACAGUAGACAAGUGCAAACUCUAUUUAAGUACAGUAAAGUUAAUCAGUUCCAAUUUAAAUAUGUGUUUCUUGUGCUCUGGUUUUUUAGUGCACAUAGGUCUUAGACAUUGCAUAUAUGGGAGUUGACUAUACUAAUAGCUGUCUUCUCUGUCUCUGUCAUAUUGCAGGUGGAAGUCAACCCCUCAUUAGACAUGGCUGAGUCAGACUUCCAGAACAACGUGAUGAGAUGUCGAUGCAAAUACGACGGACACAGAGCGUACAUGUAUGGAUGUCACGCAGGUAUGGGGAAUUAUAUUUCGCUGUUGUUAACACACACAUUCACACAUUCACAUAUUCUAUCCCUGUCUCUCUCUCUCUCUCUCGCUCUCUCUCUCUCGUUCUUCGCUCUCUCUCUCUUCUCUACUCUCUUCUCUCUCUCUACUCUCUCAUCUCAUCUCUUCUACUCUCAUCUUCUGUCUCCUCUCUAUCUCUCUCUUCUCUCGUCUCAUCUCUCGCUUCUAUUCUCUCUGCUCUUCUCAUUCAUCUCUCUCUCCUCUCAUCUCUCGCUAUCUAUCUCUGCUACUGAUCUACUCAUCAUCGUCGGAUCUCUCCCGAUGCAUAUAGAUGUGUCUCUCGCUUCUUUAUGCUCAUCUUCUGCUCUCUAUUCUCUCUUCUCUCUUCUCUCUCUCUCUUCUCUCACUCUCUGCUUCUCCUCUCUCUACUGUGUCUCUCUUCUCGUUCUCAUCAAUUCGAUGCCUUCUUCUCUCAAAGUCGAUCUCUCAUACUUCUCCUCAUCAGCUCUUCCCUUAUCUUCCAUUCCUCUAACUGUAUGGUGUUUCUUCUACCAGGUGAUGCGUACAGUGCAGAGAUUGAGGACCUGUUUGAGCACCAAAGGCAGAUCUCCAAUAACUUUGUC